AACGAGCGGGUCGGCUCCGCGCGGUUCGCGAGUUAGGUUGGUUAGUGGUUCGGUGCCGAGCUGCUACUUUUAGUGUUACAUGAUUUAUUGCAAUAGCAUAGAUAAUCUGUCGCGAUUGUCAGGUCGUAGCCAUGGUGUUUUGGAUGUUCCCGGCGUCCCGGCGUUGUUUCGGGUACUUCUUGCACGCUGUAUCUUGAAGGCCUAGUGUCCAGCAUCAUGUGGUCAGUGCUGAACAAGGCUGGCAGCAUGGGCCAGUCGGUGUUGUCGGUGACAGACCGGUGCUUUGAGCCGGCUGUCGACAUCAUCCUGCGAGUGCCCAGCCUGGUGCUGCUUGACUACUGCUGGCAGUUUGAGCUGGACCGCACACUUCUGUGGGGUGCUGACAAUCAGGACAACUAUGGUAUCUUCAACACCAUCAUUGCCAUAUCAUUGGUGCUGCAGGCGUUCGCCGUGCUGCUGCUGCCGCUCGAGUACGUGGUGCGGCUCUACAUGCACUACAUCAGCGCCGCUGUGCUCGUGCUCGCCAACCAGUUCUCCUACUACCACGUGACGAGCGAGGCGGCGCAGCCGGCCGGGCCCGGUCUGGCCGGCUUCUUCCAGCUGGUGCCCGUGUGGCGGAUCUGGGGCGACGCGGCCGACGGCGAGGACCGCCGACCGCAGGUGGAGUUCCUGCGCCGCCAGUUGGCUGCCAUUGCCGUCCACCUGGCGGCCGCCGUCUGCGUCACCGUGCUGCUCGAGGUGGAGGACACGCUCCGACGCGUCUCGCUGCUGGCGCACGCGGCGCCCGUCGUGGCGCUGAUGGCCGACAUGGCGUCCGGCGCCGACCUGGUGACGCUGCACAACUGCGCCAGCGCCGUCACCAUCCUCAGCUGCCUCACCUGGCUGCUCGGCUGCGUGCCGGCCUGCAUCGAGUACUACCAGCAGCUCUACCUGAAGUACUACUUCCACGCCACGCAGGUGUACGACGCGGCGGGCAUGGCGCGCCAGUUGCUGUGGACGCUGUUCGUGCCGCGACUGCAGCUCGCCUACUGGCUGUGCCUUGUGCUGACGCAGUUCCACCACUACGUGUACGUGCCGCGCAGCCAUCCGAUCGCACGCCGUGAGUGGUACAUCGUCCUGCUCUCGGCCGUCGCCAGCACCACCGCCUCGCCCAUCAGCCUGGCCAGCUUCUGCGUGGCCGUGGCGUACGGCUCGUGGGCCACCGUGCGCCUGCUACGCGCGCUGCUGCGCGUGCGCACCGCCGCGCACAGCGGCUGGAUGGAUGCGGCCACGGUGUUGGUGCUGGCGCUGCACGUGGACCUCAUCCACCUGACCGUGCGGGCGCGACUGGCCGUCAUGUCGGUGGCGCUGUUCGUGGCCGCGACGUCGACGGCCCACGCGGUGUACGACGUGGCCGAGGCGGCCGUGCUGGCGCUCAGCGCCUCCGGCUGCCGGCGGCCUAGCCGGCACCUGCGGGUCGUCCUCGUCUGCUUGCUGCUGGCCGCGUUGCCCGUCUACCUGACGGUGCUGCUCUGCCGGCUGUUUGAGCGCGACUUCUGGAUCCUGCUCGUGUCGUCGUCGGCGCUGACGCUGGCCGUGCAGGCGCUCGGCCUGCUCACCGUGUACGCCGUCCUCCUGUACGACGCGCAGCGGAGCGAGCCGUGGCGCCAUCUGGACGAUGUGGUGUACUGCACGCGCGCCACGGCCGGCGUGGUGCAGCUGCUCGUCGUGCUGCUCGUCGUCGCCACCGGCGUGUGGGAGUCGAUGCACGGCCGCUGGUCUUGGGCCAACGUGGCUGUCCUGCUCGCGCACUGCUACUUCAUCGUGUGGCGGCGGCUGCGCGACGGCUGCUCGCAGCUAAUGCUGCGCCGCGCCGCCGCCCGCACAGCGCGCGCUCUGCCCGAGGCGGCGCCCGACCAGCUGGCACGUUACGGUGACGUCUGCGCCAUCUGCUACUGCGCCAUGAGCGAGGCGCGCCAGCUGCCGUGCCGCCACCUCUUCCAUGCCGCCUGCCUGCGCAAGUGGCUGUACGUGCAGACCAAGUGCCCGCUGUGUCAGGCGGAGCUCGGCGACAUCCGGGAGACGGGAGAGAGCGCCGCCGCUGAGCGCAAAGGCAGCGCCGCGGCCGAACUCCGACAGAGGAGACCACCAGGGAGUGGAGAGGGCUUCUAG